CAAUUGAAGUUAUUGUUUUGGUGCACGAAUCGGAUGCGAAAAAAAAUUGUCUGUCCUGGAGAUCGUCAUUGUAUUUAGAUAUUUUUUUUUUGAACAGUCAUGAAUUGAAUGAAGAUCAUGCGAACGCACGGGUGAUACAUUGAUUUGUAUGUAGCUCCGUGGCUGUUACGUAUUGGGCUAUGUCCGCCCAUAGAGAACAGAUUUGCAAGAGAACUUAUCUUUGUACGAAGUCAAAAAUGAUUGGAAAAUUCUAAGACGGGAUGUUUGCUAUCGGCAGUUUGCUGGUAGUAUGUUGCUACAGCUACUGCUAUUGGCUCUGACUGUUGCUGUUGCUGCUGCUGUUGUUGCCGCAUUCAGAAGAAAAUUUUUCGUUCCGAACGUGAUUACAAAUUACAAAUGAGCCCGAACCGAAUGUGUGUGUGUGUGUGUGUGUGUGUGUGACUGUGCGGCCGUGUUGUACGUACUACACCAUAUCCCAAUGGAAAUACGGUAUCAAUAUUUAGUCAGUUUGUGAACACGUCGUGAUGUAGACAUAUUCAAAGGAGAAAUUGUGUUUAAUUUGUGUAAUUUUUUCGGUCUCCAUCAAUUGUUUGAUGCUCUUCUAUUUUCACUCGCACGUUUCGAUGUACUUUGAUGGGAUCGAACGAUAUACAGUGUGCAAAGUUGAGAAAAAAACAUCAAAUAUUUAUUUGUUCAAAAAAGUCGAUAUUAAGGAAUCUAAUUUACAUGUGAAGGGUAGAUCAGUUAAUCUGUGCGCAGUGUUGCACAACUAUAUAUUGGGACACGAGAUUUUUUUACUUGAUUUUAUAUUUGAGAUUUUUUUUUUUGGGUUUAUUCAUAAAUUAAAUGAAGCUCGCCGUAUUUGCGUUCAUAAAGUGUUUUUUAUUGGUACAUCGCAAUUGUGGAAGACUUAUUUAGAAAAAAAAUGAGAUCAAUUUAUACCGAUUGAUAACUUAUUUAAAUUGUCUUGAAAAAAAAAAAAAUUCAUCGACCCACAGCCAGCACGAGUAUCAAUCAAUCAGAAAAACAAUAAACACUUUGGUUUUCAAAAUAUCGACUAGAUAGUAACAUGGGAAGUUUAGUGUACACCGUUAUGUCAAUGGUUCAAGUGGCAUCACUCCACUGUUCCAUGCGACCAGAAAUUUCACCGUGUUCGUGUGCACCGCACGAGUCUUUGAAUAAUACCAUUCACGUAACAUGCGAAGGACUCGCCUCGUUUAAUCAAGUGUUCGACUCUCUGCAAAAUAAAUUCAGCACCAAAGACAACAUUUGGCUGAAAGUCACCAAGUCACAACUUGACGAUUUGGAGACACGAAAUUUCAAGGAUAUGAAUAUGAAUAUCACAAAACUAUCUCUCAACUACGAUGAAUUGAGAACUCUUCCAGAGUCAUCAUUUCGAAAUUUGAGCAAUUUGGGUACCUUCAGUUUAUCGGAUAAUCAUUUGGAGGAGAUACCGCGACACAUUUUUUUGCACAUGCCAAAAAUUGUCACUAUGGAUUUAGGCCAUGGACGCAUCAGGACAAUUUUCACCGACGACUUUCGUAGCUUGAACGAAAUUCGAUAUUUGAUUUUGGUCAAUAAUAAUAUACGGCUUGUUGAAAAAGAAUCGAUACCAAGAACAUUACGAUUUUUACAUUUGGGCCGAAAUAAUUUAACAUCUUUAAAUGGAACACUGCGCGACAAUGCGCACAUGGAAGUUUUAUUUUUGAACGAAAAUAAUUUGACAAGUCUUGACGGUGAAUUACCCAUAAAAUCAACAUUUUUCAAAUCGUUAAUCGUUCACCAUAACAAACUGCAACAUUUACCGCAGGAUUUAACCAUGUUUAUGUACUUGGACGCAGUAUACAUCUCCGACAAUGAACUGAAAAGUUUGAAUGGAGUUUUUCGGAAUGCAUCGUUGAUGCAAACGUUGUCUGCUCACAAUAAUAAAAUCGAAUAUUUGGCUGAGGACGAAUUUCUCUACACUACUGACUUGCAAGAACUCGAUGUAGCCAACAAUUUUAUUCGUGCCAUAAACGAUUCAUUGCUUACGUUGAAAAAAGUGCGAAUUUGCAAUUUUUCACGGAAUCACGUGGAUGAGUUAUCAUUGAACGAAUUCCGUGGAUUGAGAGAAUUACAAGUGGUGGAUUUGUCAUAUAAUCGAAUCGAAAGGCUAACCGGUCGUCUGAAAAAUGUUGUCGAUCAAGAUUUGUAUUUCAUUGAAUUGCGUUUGGAUAAUAAUUUAUUGAAGACACUAGAUGGUGCCAUGAUGAAUUUAAACCGACUAAAGACGCUUGAUGUUUCGUAUAACAAACUCAAAUGGAUAUCGCGGGAGGAUUUGAUUGGAUUAGAUGAUCUUGAAUCGCUGGACAUAUCACACAAUUAUUUGCAAACAUUGGAAGAGACCUCAAUGACAUUCCUUCCCAAACUCGAGAAACUGUUUUGUUCGUACAAUAAUCUAUCUAAAUUGGAGCGUGAUUUCCAUGGUUUACCGGGCUUGUGCUUUGCUGAUCUAUCAAAUAAUCACAUUACACAAAUUUCACCGGAACUUGUAUCUAAGACACGAUGCAAUAGUCACGGUGUCAUUAACAAAUUGGAAAUCUUAUUACAAGAAAAUCCAAUUCUCUGUAUGGACGAACUAUCGAAGCUGUUUGCAGUAAUGGAGGCACAAGAAACACGAUUACUGGGCAUUGCGCAUUGUAUCGUUCCAAAAGAAGAAGAAAUUCCUAUUAUUGAACCGCUGUUUGUACCACCAAGUGCACCAUUAACACCACAAGUAGUAGUAGAAGAUAAAUCAAUAUCGGAAAUGCCAGCACAAUUGACGAAAAUAAUUGAAAAACCACAAGAUGAGCUUCAGUUCAAUGGUGUAAUGGUGGCUCCCAACGAUGUGCCCUCUUUGAUUCUGUCUUCACUAAUGAAAUCUGCUGCGGUUUCCAUAACCGACCAGCCCAUUAAAGAGAUCAUUUUAACGACAACUGAAACUCCAAUGCCAAAUCCCGAUGAGAAUAACAUUGAUAUCAUAACUCGUACGGAACCAUCGAUCGAACUAAUUGAAUCGAGUGUGUUGACCACAGUUCCGGACACAGUACCCUUGAUUGCUGAAAAUGUUACUGUACACAAUAAAUUGGAAAAUCUGACAGUAUUAGAAACAACACCGUCACCCAAUCCCAAAUCAUUUAUACUACAAACAACAGAGACUCCAGAAAUAUCAAAACUAUCCACAUCACCGUCAAUAGCCGAAAUUAUUUUGGGCGAAUCGGAAUCAGUUUCAAAAAGCCCAGAACCAGAUAACUAUAUUUAUGAAACAUUUUCGCCAAUUUCGCCCGUCAACACUGGAGCCAUAUCAUCACUUCAACGAAAUGAACAUCUAGUUUUACCCGAAGAACCGCCGGCUGCAUAGACCAUUUCAAAUGAAUAUACAAUUUACGAUAAAAGAUAGAAACUAGAUUAAGACAAAAUGAAGAUUAAUCAACUUUUCAGCGAAAAUGAAUGUGUUUUAGUAUUUAAUUUUAGGUUACGGAAUCUCUAAUAUGUUUUUUAGCUUUGAAAUUGAUUUAGAUGAAAAACCAUGCAGAUUUUUUUCUAGUUCAAAAAUUGUGACCACAUUGAAUCAUGUUUUAUGUGUAAGAAAUUCAUAUUUGAAACCCUAAAUAUUUAGUUUAAGCCGAAAUUAUCAAAUACUUUAUUUAAAUCGUAAAAAAAACUUUGAUAGAUGAAAACUGAGUUUGAUGGAAAAUGGUACAAUAAAACGAUUCGUUUACAUUUAGCUAAA